AGGGGGCCCCAUUAUCUUACCGCCCGGGGGUCCCAUGAGUUGUCAGUCCGCCCCUAAUGUCAUAUGACGUCCUCUCAUUCUCACCGCGCAUGCGCGGCUCAGAGAGCGCACAGCUCGGCGUUCAGCGGUGCACUGUUUCCCUCGGACACAGCGGAUCACCGAUCCAUGGAAAGAGCCGAAGAUGUUGGCUCGGUCAUGUGAUCAGCUGUGUCCAAUCACAGCUGAUCACUGAUGAUCAGUGUGCCCUGAUGAUCAGUGUAGUCCCAGCAGUGCCACCUGUCAGUGUCCAUCAGUGCCAGCUAUCAGUGCACAUCAAUGCCACAUAUCUGUGCCCAUCUGAGCUGCCUUUCAGUGUCACCCAUCAGUGCCAGUCAGUGUCACCUAUCAAUGCCAAUCAGUGCGACCUAACAGUGCCAUAUAUCAGUGCUGCCUUUCAGUGCCCAUCAGUGAUGCCUGUCAAUGCCCAUCAGUGCCACCUAUCAGUGCCUCCUCAUCAGUGCCCAUCACUA